GCGGCGCUACGCGUGUUGCCGUGCGUAGAGCUGCUGUCCGCUGAGGCGGCGGAGUGCUACGUGGUUUGCGUAACGCACUUGUGAAUGGGGAAGGCGGGGGGCAGGGGGAUGAUGUCAGCCUUCGAAUGUCAACAAUGUAGCGAUUGAGGGAGGAGGCGCCGCAGCAGGAGCGGAGCGCGGGGAGCGGGUGGCCGCACACCGGGGCCGCCGCCGCACGCGCACCGCCGCCGCCGGGCUGCCCGGGACUCCAGCCGCCGCUGCCGCCGCCUCGCGCCGCGCCCGCCCCGGCUGCAGCAGCAGCAGCUCCUCCGCGGUGCCGUCGCGCCUCCCAGCUGCUGCAGCCGCCUCCGCUCCUCCUGCCCCCGCCCGCCUCUUCCCAGCCGCCCCCUCCCUUUCUUCCCCGCGGCAGGACGGGGAGCAGCGCUCGGCAGCCCGCGCCAUGUGAUGCGCGUCUCUCCGGGGGCAGCUCGCGGUGCGCGCCUUUGAAGCACCCCCCUCCGCCGCCGGGAAACAGCCCGGUCCUCCCUGCCCGGCCGCCCCCACCUCAGGGGGAGCGACCCAAAGUUGCAUUCAGCCAAGUGGCUCUGCCUUCUUUGGGAAACGAGGAUUCUGGAAGAAAAAAUAGAGUGCUUCCACAUUUUGUGGCAUGUCUCACGCUUUACUUCAGUCUACGCCGCAUACACAAGGCCCCUCUUACCCUGGGCUUCCCAACACCUGUUUGUGGUGAAAGGAUAUAAACAGUGUUGCAAGAUUCCUCAGUGUUAACUCUUGCCUGACAGUUUAAGCUAAUUGGUACAAGGUCAUCCAGUUUUUCCUCUGGCCAACAUCCCCUGCAAUCUCCACAUUUGGUAUCUUCUUUGGUAUAACUGUAGGUGCUGCUUACGUGAGAAGAGCUGAGCCACAACAGCCAGUUUAUGAGACAGUAAACUGCUUAAAGCUGCAAUUUGUUUCCCUGGAAAGAGCUGCCAGGGGCUGUGUCUUGGGUUGAUAUCAGCUCAGCUGCCAGAACUUUGCCCCACAGCGCUGCAGAGUUCCACAUCUUAAUGGAUUGCUGUAGUCUCCUAAUUUCUCCAUUCACCCAGUUUCCUGCCUCGUGAGAAUAUUAGCUAGCACAGAACCUAGAAAAGUUACAUGGUGUGAACGGAAUGUCUGUGGAUGAGAAGACUGAAUCCCCCAUGUAUGUGUAUGAGUCAACAGUCCAUUGUACCAAUAUCCUCCUGUGCCUCAAUGACCAGCGGAAGCAGGAUAUUCUCUGUGAUGUGACUUUGAUUGUGGAGGGGAAAGAGUUCCGAGCCCACCGAGCUGUGCUGGCUGCUUGCAGUGAAUAUUUCUUGCAGGCGUUGGUGGGGCAAACAGAAAAUGACCUGGUUGUCAGCCUGCCAGAAGAGGUCACUGCCAGGGGAUUUGGUCCAUUGUUACAGUUUGCCUACACUGCUAAGCUGUUACUCAGCAGAGAAAACAUCCAAGAGGUCAUCCACUGUGCUGAAUUCUUGCGCAUGCACAACUUGGAGGAUUCCUGCUUCAGCUUUCUUCAGACACAGCUGCUGAACAAUGAAGAUGGCCUCUUCUUGUGCAAAAAGGAUACCGCCUGUCAGCGAAUGCAUGAUGAAGAGAACUCAGAUGGGGAAGAGGAGGAAACUAUGGAAUCAGAGACUUCAAAGAUAUCUUGCCCAAGGGAGAGGAUGCAGCAGGAGCCCUUUAACUUUGAAUCCACUGGUUCUGGAGUAGACAAGGAAGAAGGCAUGUUGCCUGACUCGGACAUACUGGGAGAUAGCAAAGACAGUUUGGACAAAGAUGUAGUAACACGGUACCCCAGAUAUAAGAAAUAUCAGCUUGCUUGUACCAAGAAUGUCUACAACACAUCACACAUCAGUACCUCAGGUUUUGCAAGCACAUUUGGUAAUGAGAGCUCUGGUAAUGGCCUCAAAUCAGGACUUGCUGUGGGGCAGAUUAAAAGUGAACCUUCGAAUGAGGAAAAUGAUGAAGAAAGCAUCACACUUUGCCUGUCUGGAGAUGAACCUGACAUCAGGGAUAAAGAGGGGGAUGUUGAAAUGGAUAGGAAGCAGCCAAGUCCUGCUUGUGUUGACAGGUCUAAAAGUGGGUCCUCUCCUUCCUGCUUAAGGUCUUUCUUCAACAGAACAAAAAAUGUAGAUUUGGUUGGCUUCCCAAGUACUUCCCAACAGCACUUUGCCAGGAGUCCAGCAUGCCCUUUUGAAAAGGGGACAACUCAGGGUGACCACAAAACUGACUACAGCCCUUUCACAGGGAAUUAUGGACAGCCCCAUGCCAUUCAAAAGGAUGCUUCCAACUUCCCCGGAGGAUCGCCUCUCAGGGGGCCUGGUUUUGAAGCUCUUUGUAAGCAGGAAGGUGAACUGGACAGGAGGAGCGUUAUAUUCUCUUCAAAUGCUUGUGACCAAGUAAACACUUCGGUGCAUUCAUAUUCUGGUGUGAGCAACCUGGAGAAAGACCUCUCUGAGACUUUGCCAAAAGGUCUGUGGGCUGGAGGCAGCCAAUCCCUUCCUAGUUCACAGACCUAUUCCCACAGUGGACUGACAGCUGAUCACUUGCCGGGAAGGAUGCGGCCUAACACCAGCUGCCCAGUGCCAAUUAAAGUUUGCCCUCGCUCUCCUCCUUUGGAAACCAGAACCAGGACCUCCAGCUCAUGCUCCUCCUACUCAUAUGCAGAGGAUGGCAGUGGUGGUUCUCCUUGUAGCCUCCCUCUGUGUGAGUUUUCAUCUUCCCCCUGUUCUCAAGGAGCUCGAUUCCUGGCCCCUGAGCAUCAGGAGCCAGGCAUGAUGGGAGAUGGAAUGUACAACCAAGUCAGACCCCAGAUUAAAUGUGAGCCAUCCUAUGGAACAAACUCCAGUGAUGAGUCUGGGUCGUUCUCAGAAGCAGACAGUGAAUCAUGUCCUGUGCAAGACAGAGGGCAUGAGGUGAAACUUCCUUUCCCCGUUGAUCAAAUCACAGAUCUUCCAAGGAACGAUUUCCAGAUGAUGAUAAAGAUGCACAAGUUAACCUCAGAACAGUUAGAGUUUAUCCAUGAUGUCCGCCGGCGCAGCAAGAACCGGAUCGCAGCUCAGCGCUGCCGCAAAAGAAAACUGGACUGUAUUCAGAACUUAGAAUGUGAAAUCCGCAAAUUGGUGUGUGAGAAAGAGAAAUUGCUGUCGGAAAGGAACCAGCUGAAAGCAUGCAUGGGAGAAUUGUUAGAUAAUUUUUCAUGUCUUUCCCAAGAAGUGUGUAGGGAUAUGCAGAGCCCCGAACAGAUCCAAGCCCUUCACCGAUACUGCCCUGUUCUCAGGCCUAUGGAUCUACCAACAGCCACAAAUAUCGACCCUUCACCAGCUGGAGUAGAGCAAAACCUAGUGACAUCCCAGUGUAUUGGAGAAAGCAUGCAAUGCUGCUCAGAGCAAAGCUCUGUGCAACUGGGAGCUCACUGGCUACCUAACAACAUUUCCGAAAAUUGUACAGCUGGAAGAGGGCUGGAUGGAGCUGACCAAGGUACUUACUCAGAAAGAGAGCUUCCUCUAGAACAGAGUAGCCAAACAGUGACAGUAGACUUCUGUCAGGAAAUGACUGAUAAAUGUACAACGGAUGAACAGCCUAGGAAAGAUUACACCUAGUGACUUGUAACCUUAUGUUACACCUGGUCAGGUGUUCUUCAGUCAGCCAGUGGCAGUGAUCAUUUGUUGUCUAGAAGAACGUAUUUGGUGCACACUACAGUGGUCUUAGCAGCAAUACUGUUUUUAAGUAUUCCCUCCUCUCUACAAGCAGGAGUUUUCUUCACAAUGGUGCUAUCCCUUGCUCAGGCAGGGAACUAAACAGUGGCAACACUGUCUGUUUUUGUAUGUUGAUUUCAAUCUUAACAGGGAUGGACAUAACACCUCUGAGGACCCAACUGCAGCUUUUUUUUCUCAGUGGCCCAUGUCACAAAACCCUAACUCAGGAAUUUCCUCUGAAUGUUCAAUUUUUCAUUGAAGACAGCCUCUUUACACAUCAAAGUUUUAUAGCUAAACUGUACAUAUUAUAUAUAAUAUAUAUAAAAUAUAUAUAUAUCCAUAUGCAAAAGUCCCCUGCAUGCCUCAAUUUUUCUCAUCCUACAACUGGAAACUUUCAGUUCUGUUGUAUAAACAAGUUCCAACAUUCCUUUUUUUUUUUUUUUGUCUUUUAUGCUAGAACUAGUUUGGUAACUUGUUACAUGAUUUUUUCUCCCCUUUUGGUUCACAGUUCAGCAAUAUCAUUCAGUUUGUACUUAUUUAUACAGUUUUAAUGUUGGAAGCUUAUUUGAGAUUUUAUUAUAGACAACAUAUUUUUGGCACGGUGAUUUCGUGCCAUUUGAGCAAUGUGGAUUUAUUUUAUUUUCUUUCAGAUACUGUACAGUAAUGGUCAACUUUGCCACUUGCACUGAGUUUCUGGUCAAACCUCUUUUCAUAAAUGAAGUUGUGACUUCAGUAUAACUUGAGAAUACUGUUUGCUUUAUCAUGUAAAGAAAAUUAUAAAGAUUUAGCUAAUAACAAAACACUCAGGAGAUGAUCAUGUAGGAAAAACAGUCUUGCCAAAUACUGAAUUCACCAUAUGAUGUGUAAUAGCAAAUCUGCUUGAAUAUUUUUUAUAUUUGUUUAUUUCUGUUUCCCAUGCAAAGUUUAAGUGCUGUUAGUGAUGCUUUUAGAUUCCUAUUGGGUAAGAUACAUUUGGGUCUUAAGAAAUUUUAAAAAAGGAAAAUCUGACAAGUAUUCCUAAUUUGUAUGUUAGGUCCUAAUUCAAAGCCCACUGAAGUAGAUGUCAAUACCCACAUUGACUUGAGUGAGAUUUCCAGCAGGCCCCCAGCUUGUAGGCUUUAUUCACCUGAGUAGUCCAUUGACUCUAAUUCUAUUUUCAUACCCGUUUUCCACAGAUAUUACCCCAUGUACUUCAAUGGACUUGCCUUUUGAGUGUCAUAAUCAAGCUCUUUCAAGUCAGUGGGACUGUUCAUUGUAAGAAACAGUUGCAAGAUCAGGCCUAUAAUUGCAAACCAUAUACUUUUCAAUACCUGAUUUGCUUGCUUACCCAUUGAAGUGUUUGUUAUAGGUUCUUCUCAUUUUAACAGCAUUUGCCAUCAGCACAAAUGAGUCUAAAAGAUCACAGUCUCAAAGGAGACUACUCAGUGAAUUGGCUUAGUUGGAACUGUAUUGAGUUUGUAUCUCAAGCAAUCAAGUGAUCAGUGAAUCAUGUCAUGAUUGUGUGAGACAACAGCUUUCCAAGCAUAGCAUCAGCAUGUACAGUAUAGAUAAAAACAAAAACAAAAACACCCUCAUGUUUUUUAUUAUAAUUAUUAUAUGUGUAUUGAGUUUUAUUCUGUGGUUCUUUGCCCUCACUUGUGCCAGCGUGUAAUGGCUUUAUCCCUGACGACAACACCCAUACUCUACAGGUUGACAUUGUUUGCUUUUGCUGCAAAACCGAUCAUCUGUGCACACCUGUUUAAAGAAGCAGCUUCUCACAAGUACUAAGUGACAAAACGUUGUUUUGUGCUAACGUUUACACUAGAGGGGUGUCUUGGUGCUUUUUUGAGGCACUCGGUUAGAUCAGCAUCUUAUAUUGGAGGAGGAAUCAGCUCCCUUGCUCCAUUGUAUGUGUUUUAAGAUUGUGCUUGCGGACCGUCACACACUUGCCACAGUCUUGCUUUUUACCCUCUUCUCCCAAACGACCGUAGCUUGGCUACAGAGGAGGAAAUGCAUAUAGCAUGUGCCAUGUUUGUUGAAAAAUGUUUUUUCCGCAUGUACAAAGAAAAAUUAGUAUAUAAUGUAGGAUAAUAUUUAUGUUUAAGUAUUAAUCAUUUCUGUAUAAAAUCUUUAUCUUUAAAUGUUCAGAAAUAUACAAAUGCCAUAAAUUCCUAAUUCAAAAGGUUGAAGGACAGGGGAAAAUCAUCCCUUCUUUUAAAAGAUAGCGAUUGAAAUAUACUUGGAAUCUCCAGCCAUUUUCUGCAAGUAACUGAUUUAGCAGCUCUUCCUGGAGAAUCUGAUUUUCCUUUGAAUUCAUUGACGUUGCAAAGCAGUUCCAUGCUUCGCAGAGAAUUUUGUUUCUGAGAGACCAUGGUGAAAGCUAGAAUUUAAAACUAAAUGUGAAUUACAUUUAUAGUCAUAACUAUUUUUUUUGGUCAACUGACAGUAUUUUAAAGAUAUUUCUGUUGCCUUUUUUAUUUUUAAGUGACCUCUUAUAAAUAUACAUAGAUAUAGAUAUAUAUACACACCCCCAUUGAAGUGUGUGUGUGUGUGUGUGUGUGUGUGUGUGUGUGUAGCUAGAUAGAACAUUUUAUGAGUAUAAAAUACGAGUUUUAAUUAGUUUCCUGACAUGAGAAUUUACUUUACUAAUAACUCAUGUGCAACUGGUACUCUUGACCUCAUUCCAAUGGUUAAAAACAACCCACCAAUAGAACAUAUUGUUCUGCAUCUCUUUGGAUUGACCUGGCUCAGAUGGCUGCUGGGUCUCUUGACUUUCUUUUUCAUGAGAACUGAUAUUUAAAACCACUGCUCAAAUAAGUCUCUCUCUCCAAGCUGUUUCAGGAUAUUUGAUAUCAUUCUUUAUCAUUAGAAGCGACUGAUUUGUGUCAUUGCUUCCUUGAUCUGUAGUCACAUGUAUUACCUUUAUUGGUUAUAUUUUGUUUUGCUAUUCUGAACCACAUGGCUUUCAAAACUGUUAUUCAGUUAACUUUGAAGGGAAACAUUGAGGAGAAUUAGGUUCAGAACUGGACACAAGUUGAUGUACAUCUUGUAGUGCUGGUAGAACAAUUAAAACAAAUGACCAAAAAAUUCAUUUUAAAAAAAAAAGUUAACUGCUAUAUUUAGCAACUUCAAAGAUUUAGCCAAUAACAAGCUUUAUGUUUAAAUAAGGAUUGUGCAGUUUGAUUUGCAAAGAAAUCAGCAGGUUUUGCUCUGACAUACGGCUUUGAAAUUCUGUGCUAGAUGGGACUCGAUUGUCAUAUUGAAUACUGCACUAAAACAGCAUGCAUGUGAAUCCUGGAGCAUCUAGUUAUGUCCAUUCUGCAUCUAGUCCUCCUUUUUAUUUACCUUUGCUCUACUUGUACUGCCAGAAAACCUCAUUUCAUUAGGCUUAUUAUGCUUUUGUCAGGUGAGUACUACACUAUGUAAUGUAUUUGUUUCUCUGCGUUAUCUGGGGGUGCCUUGAAUACAAUUAAAGCUAUUUGCAAGCUGAUUCUGGAACAAAAAGGUAGCGCAAAAAAAAAAAAGUCAGCCAUGUUAUCAGGACAUCCCAGUAUUUAUAUCACAGACUUCCUAACAUAUGAUGACUCAGGCGUCAGAAUUUGAUGCUGCAGUAUAAACUAUUAUUUUAUAUAUUGUACAAGUAAUUUAUGAAAUGUCUUUCUAAGGGUAUAUGCUGCUUUUAAGAUGCACUAUAUUUUUGGAUCUAAUCCUUGUAUUUUUUUCCCAAGGAAGUAAAAUAUUGUGCUGCAGAGGUAAACCACAGUGAUUAGUAUGCCAACUGCUACUUCUCUUUAAAAGGGAGAGUGGGAACUGCAUAGAGUAACUUUGCUGAAUGAUGUAACUGGCUGCCAGAGAAACGAUUAAUGUUGAGAGUAUGUUACUAGUUUUAAAUUCAACAUUUUGUCAAGUCUGUAUUUUGUAAAGGCUUACAAAGAAGUCAAAACAAAUAUUUGUAUAGUUAGAUUUUAAUAUUGAACCUCAUGAUUGCCCAUUAAAAAAACAUACCUGCAUGCCAGAGUGAGUGUAAUCCUGUAAUAUUAUAUUGUUGGACCCUUUAGGAAAAUCCUGAUGAAACGCUGCAAUUCCAGCAUCUACAUAAUAUCCUCGCUGGUGUCAUGUAAUCCAACACUGUGCAUGUGAAAAAUAGAAAUAAGGCUCAGCUUGGAGAAUAGAAUUGUAGUACAUUUUGCCAUAAGAUAAUGUGGACAUCCACCAAGCCUUCAAAAGCUUGCAAUCUGAUUUAUUUCCAGCCUUCCAUGGUUCAGUUGAUUGCUCCUCAAUUACAACAUGGGGAAUCUGUUCACAUCUUUCUGAUUUAAAAUAUGGUGGGUGAUGGCUAUUUUAGUAAGUUCUGUAGUCUACAUUUUGCAUCUUUUUUUAAUAUAUAUCUUUUAGGUUCUGUCUAGGGAAGUUUUGCUUCAAUAAGAGUAAUGGUGGUGAUGCUGUUGCCUAAGAGGAUCUUCUGAGUAUGGAGUGGCUUAUUUUUAUCUACCAUAAAGUAUAACUAGAAACAUUUAACAUAAAGAAUUUCUUAACAUGUUAAGGUUGUAUUGUAGUUCCUCUGUCAAGGCAAUCCAAGUUAAUUUAUACACACACAUAUACACACAGAUGCACGUGUGUGUGUGUGCAUAAUUAUAGCUAGUGUGUGCAUACAUUUUCCUGUUUAUAAUACGUAUAUGUGUAUUUAUAACACUGUUUGGAGUAUUUCACAACUCCAGCAUCAGAUUUGAUGCUGCAGAAUACAAUAUAUGUGUAUAUACAUAUGUGUGUUCAAAUAAUAUGUGUACAUAUAAAAGAUCUAUUGUUGGUGGAUUGUAGAAUAAUAAGUUAUUCUCUGUAGUCUGAAAGCUAAUGGCAUUACUUGCAGUGAAAAAGUGUACAGUAUUUUCCUACACUCCACCAAGAUAGGUAUUAUUUAUAUCAUGUUAAAACUAAUGAGAUGCUUUUUAAUGUAAUACACACAUAAUGCUGCCAUUUUGGAAAUAAAACCACUUUUGGCAGGGAAGAGUGCGUUUUUAUAACUGUGUAACACAAUUAGCCAAAUCGAACAAUAGAUAAGCUAACAGUUGAGUGAAUAUCAUUCUUCUUAGCUAUAUAUGAAAUAGUCCUUGGCAUAGGUGUGAUUUGCCACAUGACUGAACACACAUGUGGUUCAGAAAUUGUUCCUUUGGACUAAUUAAGGGCAUGCAGAACAUAAAUGGCACACUGAAAAAGGUGGAAAUAGCAGAAUUGUCGUAAUUUGAUUUCCUUGGGACAGCACCAAAGUAUGGGUCCAGGCAUCUCCCUCCAUCCCUGACUUCUGGGAGUGUCCAGAAUCUGAAUCUAAGCCCCAGAUUUACCAAGGGGCUUAUCACCAUCAUAAUGCCAAAGCAACCACCUCAACAUUUGUGGGUUGGAAUGGGGACAACAUUUUCAUCAUUUGGAUUGCUGUGUCUUGGACCCAUUGUACUUACAAUUUAAUGAGACAGUGUUAUCCUGCAUUUGUGAUAUAAUGGAAAGAAUUGUGCAUGUUUAAAUAAUGUUCUUUCUACUCUUGCUCUGACUGAAAAUAUCUGGAUCCCUCAGACUAGCAGAAACAAUACUAAACACUUUGGUGAUCUUUGGUGCUUUUUGCUUACCAUUAAUAGCAAGCAUCACUUUUAAUUUCAACGGUGGAAAUGCCCUAAGAGUUUGUUCCAGAACCAGUUGGAUACAAGUGCACCUCUAAUCUAUGCCUUACAAACUUCAGAGGCCAUAUUCAAAACAGGGUUUUAUCAGUGUAUGCAAGGGGGUGCAACCCCUUUUCUCUUCCUCCCCAGGUCAAACAGUAUGGACAGUUUUCACACAUAUCUACCUGUAUAAUCCUCUGUACCUCUCAUAACUGGUCAAUGACUGUAACAGGUUACAUCAGGUGUUUUUCUACAUACUUUUUACACAGAUUCUAUGCGAUUAAUGUAACUUAAUUCAAUGCAUCAUUUUAUUGUACUAGUUCUUAAGCUUGUCUUUAUUUUUUUCUAGGUGACUGUGGUUUCUUGUGAUUUUUAUUGUAUAAAUGAGAUGGCUGUUAAUGCUUACUCUCUGUUACUAAGAAUUUUUACCUUUUUGAAGAAAAAAGCAUUGCUAUGAACUAAGAAUUUAAAACUUCAUUUACUCAUUGUAAAUACAGUAUUGUGCAAAAAAAAACCCUUUUCAUUCAUUUGAAUUGCUAGUGUUAACUGAAUUUUGUCUAGACACCAUUUCUGUUGAUGAAAUAAAGACAUAUCAUUAUGUAUUGUAAA